CAUCAGUCUGGCAUUUCACAUUCAGGUAUCCAGCCAUGAAGAACAGCAUGCAUUUGAAUUCAAGCAGCGUCUUGGGCACUUCUGGGAUCUUCUCUCCCACUGAUCUGUUCUAGAGGACCUGGUCCACUUGGCCAAUUCAAGUCACGUUCUUGUUCAGUUACCAAAAAGGCAAAACUCCUGGUAUGAGGAUGGCAGAAGAAUGGGGUGACUUACCAUGGGUGGAGAAACAAGCAAACAUGGGAAAACAGAAGUCAAAGUCAAUGGACACACCUCUACGGUUUUCAGGGAGGAAGGAAAUGGACAUUUUCCCCAAAGACACUCUUGGACAUGAUUCUGAAACCAGUCCUGGGUCAGAACAAAUCAAUCGCAGGUACUUUUUGGAAGAAUUCUACCAUUCCUAUCCAUCAAAACAGAGUGUGAGGUCAAUGGAACAACCACUACGCUUUUCCAGGGAUACUGAGGUGUUCCAUGGACGCACCUUCAGACAUGACCCCAAAACCGGAGCAAGGCCUGCACCAAGCAGCGAACUGACGCAGAGUGAGUCAUCAAAAGAACCAGAGAGAGUUUAUCAACAUACCUUUGCUCUUCAAUUGGAGCAGCAAACAAAGACCUCUUAUCUGGACACAAUAUUUCAGCUGCUCGAAAAGAACAUCUUCGACUUUGCCAGUGAGGAGCUGAUGAGGUUCAAGAGGAUGUGGACCGACGGGCACUUUGACAGAGAGCAUGAGUUUGAGAAGAAUGAAAGCAUCCAAAAACAAUUUCUGGACAUCAUUUUGCAUUUUGUUGAGAAUCUGGACCAUGAUAUGGCUCUCUAUCUGAAUACAAGAAGACAAAGUGCAAUUCUCCAAAGUCAGUUGAAGCGCAGCCUUCAGAGGAAGUGUCAGCAUGUCUUUGAGGGGAUAGACAAACCAGGAAGCAGCUCUGUUUUGAAUCAGGUCUACACUGAUCUCUACAUCAGCGAGGGGGAAACUGCUCCAGUCAACAGUGAGCAUGAAGUCCGACAGAUUGAAGCAGCAUCAAGGAAACAAACCAUGAGUCAGGUGAUCAUAAAACCAGAAGACAUUCUGAAGCCCAUUCCAGGAAGAAACACAAUUAGAACGGUACUGACACAGGGAGUGGCAGGAAUGGGGAAAACAGUCUUAACACAGAAGUUUACUUUAGACUGGGCUGAAGAGAAAGCCAACCAGGACAUUGACUUUCUGUUUCCCUUCUCGUUCAGAGAGUUGAAUUUAGUGAAAAAGAAGCGAUUCAGCAUUUUGGAGCUCCUGCAUUAUUUUUUCCAUGAAACAAAGGGAAUGGAAAUAGGCAGCUUUGAAAGGUCUCAAGUUGUGAUCAUUCUAGAUGGUCUGGAUGAGUGUCAACUUCCUCUAGAGUUCCACGGUGAGAUCGUGAAUGACAUUCAUGAGUCCACCACAGUGGAUGUGCUGCUGACUAACCUCAUCAGAGGGGACCUGCUUCCCUUUGCACAACUCUGGAUCACCACCAGACCUGCAGCUGCCAGUCAAAUCCCUCCAGAGUAUGUGGACUUGGUCACAGAGAUUGGCGGGUUCACCGACACCCAAAAGGAAGAGUACUUCCGGAAGAAGUUUAGGCAUCAUGAGCAUGCCCAAGCCAUCAUCUCACACAUCAAGACUUCACCAAGCCUCUACAUAAUGUGCCACAUCCCAAUCUUUUGCUGGAUCACAGCAACGGUCCUGGGGGAUUUGCUGAAGACCAUCAAACAUAGUGAUCUGCCCAAAACCAUCACUGAGAUGUACGUGCAUUUCCUGGUGGUUCAAUCCAAACUGAAGAGCAUCAAGUACAGCCAGCAAUCUGACGCUUACUCCCUCUGGGAUCCACACAGCAAGAAGCUGAUCGAGUCUCUGGGAAAGCUGGCCUUUGAGCAGCUGCAGAGAGGGAAUUAUAUUUUUCACGAAUCAGACCUGAUUCAGAGUGGCCUUGAUGUCCGCCAGGCGUCCGUGUACUCAGGGGUGUUCACUCAGGCCUUCACAGAGCAUAGAGGACUGUAUCUGGAGAAGGUGUUCUGUUUCAUCCACCUGAGUGUUCAGGAGUUUUUAGCUGCUCUCCAUGUGCACAUGACAUUCGUCAGCUCUGGGGUCAACCUGCUGGUAGAAGGUGAACCGUGCCACAAGGCUGAUACCAUUGAUGAGAAAACCAACCUGAAAAGGUUUUACCAGAGUGCUGUGAAGGAGGCCUUAAAAAGUCCAAAUGGACACUUGGACUUGUUUCUUCGUUUUCUUCUGGGUCUUUCACUGCAGUCCAACCAGAGGCUGCUCCAAGGUUUGUUGAGAGAGACCACAAGUGGUUCCUGGAACAGUCAGAGAGCAGCCAAGGUCAUCAAAAAGAACAGCAGCGAGAAUUUCUCUUCAGAGAGACUCAUCAACCUGUUCUACUGUCUGAAUGAGCUGAAUGAUCGUUCCGUGGUGGAGGAGAUCCAACAAGAGCUGAAGUCAGGCCAUCUUGCAACAGAUCACCUGUCUCCCUGCCAGUGGUCCGCUCUUGCCUUCACCCUGCUGUCGUCAGAGGAUGACCUGGCUGUGUUCGACCUGAGCAAAUACUCCUCGUCAGAGGAGGCGCUCCCGAGGAUGCUACCGGUGAUCAAGGUUUCAAAGACUGCUCUAAUCCGAAAUGUCACGUUCUCAGAGGGAAGUAUUGCAGUACUUCCCUCAGUUCUCAGCUGUCGAUCUUCAUGUCUGAGAGAACUGGACCUGACCAACAGCAACGUGCGAGACACCGGCAUAAAACUUCUGUCUGCCGGACUAACUAGUCCAAAUUGCCUCCUAGAAACACUCAGCUUGUCGGGGUGUGAGAUCACAGAGAUAGGCUGUGUUUCCCUGGCCACAGCUCUGUGUUCCCACUACUCUCACCUCAAAGUUCUGGAUUUCACCUACAACCAUCCUGGGGAAAAUGGAAGGAGAAUGCUCACAGCAGUGCUGAAGAGUCCUGAGUCCAGACUGGACACUCUCAGGAUGGACCAUGGGGGUGUGGAGAGGUUACAGCCAGGGCUGAGGAAAUAUUUCUGCAACAUCUCCAUGGACCUGAGCAUAGCAAACUGCGCUCUCAAACUGACCAACUACAACAGAAAGGCCCACUACGUGUCACAGGCUCAGUGUUAUCCCGACAACUCAGCCAGAUUCGACUCUACACCUCAACUGCUGUGUAGCAUUGGCGUAAGUGGUCGCUGUCUAUGGGAGGUCGAGUGGAAAGGAGACGUCGACAUUGCAGUGACCUACAGAGAAAAAGGGCACAACAUGGAAUCUGUGUUUGGAAUGAACAAUCAUUCCUGGAGUCUGAACUGCUCGGAUUGUCACGGCUACUCAGUCAGUCACGAUGGCAUAAACUCGAGGAUUUCUUCGUCCACUGUUUCCAAGAGAGUAGCUGUGUACGUGGACUGUCCUGCUGGCGUUCUGUCCUUCUACAGUGUCCUCUCUGACUCCCUCACACACCUCCACACCUUCAACACCACCUUCACUAAGCCUCUGUAUCCAGGAUUCGGGUUCCGGCCUGACUCAUCUGUGCUCCUGUGUGACUUAUCUGACCCUCGGUGAUGGAAGCAAAAAGAGAAAAAAGGAAAACUCAAUGCAACUGCUGACUUUAAUGUAAGAGAUUGUCAAUUGUCUAUAUAUUUACAUAUUUAAAAAAAAAAUUUGGUUCAAAAAAGAGAUCCUGUAUAUACCACUCAAGUUAGAUGCAGAAAUGUUUUUAUUUGUGUUGCUAUCCAGUUGGAAAUAACAUCACCAAAAGACACCAGAUGUAUAUGGACCUUUGUUAUGCUGAGGCAAAGCUCAUGGUUGGUCUUCAGCAGUAAUAUAUAAAUCCUCUGUGCAUUGAAAACUGGCAGACUGAAGUGCUUUCCUGCAUUGCCAUGGAAAAAAAGCCCUGUCCUGAUCGAAAGAAAGGAAAUGUUUUCAAAAAGAUUAAACGUUUGUGUUGGUAAUUACUCGCAGACAAGGCAAGAGUUUCAAACAAAAAUCCUGUACAAUGUUUCUGUGCCAAAAUGUCUUUCUUUCUCUUACUCUUGACCCGAUCUAUUGUGAAACAUGUUUUGUGAAUCAGAAAUUUCUGUCCUGCAUUUUUGUAUGAAGACACGUUAAUAAUAAUAAAACACA